GUUCAGUGAAAAAUUUGAUUUUCAGUUAAUGAAACCGUUUACAUUGCGACAGAGAAUAAUGGAAUUGAGAUACUCGUUCUUGUUUUUGUUCCUGAUGAUUUCUGUGGUAUCCUCAACUGAAGAGAAAUGUUCCAGCAUUUGUCCCUUUAAUGAUUCUUUCGAUCUUGAUACGCCCAUUGAAGAAAUCAUCAUGAAGGUUCUAACUCGUGAUGGACCUAGUGAUGGAGUUUGUCUUACUGGUGACAAAUGGAUUAUGAACGGAACACAAUUUGGUCUUCCCUCAAAAUGCAUUUGCUAUAAUAUUCCGAAAGGGACAGAAAUAUCCCAGGAAAAUGGACAAAAAUGUCCCAACUAUUCAAAGGCAUCCGUUCAAGAGACUCUUGCAGAAAGCUGGAUAAGGAAUUAUGAACUGCAUAAGAACGACGCACCUGAAGACGGUUGGUGUCCCGAAGGAAAAACCAAAUGGAUUUUAGAAUCAACUCUUGUAAACAUUCCAAGAGAUCUUUGCCUUUGCAUUGAUGGCUUUGAUUGGUAUUCUCCGGAAGUCGUAUGCAUCUAG